GUCAGUUAAAUACGUCAGAUGUCAAUAUAACCACUAAAUAAGGUUAUGUGGGUUUGUGUUGUAUUUUGUAUUAACCCACCCCAGCAACUUAAGUAAGGUUAUGUUCUAUGUAUCGAUUAGUAUCGAAUUCAUUUAAUAAUGACUUCUAAAAGUGAAAAACUUAAUUCUACUUGCAAUAUUGGCAAUGACAAUGAUAGUCGCGCUCGUCAUCGCGCUUGUGGCAGGCCACGAAAAAAUGAGUAUGUUAGCUUGGCAUUUGAAUACAUUCAAUCCGGAAGUAAAUACAAUGCAAAAUGUAACGUGUGUAACAAAUUAUUAAAAAACACAGCUAUUAGUAGAUUGAAAUUGCACAGGUAAGCAUAUUUGCAUAUACGUACAAACCAACCACUUUAGUAAAAUCGAUAACUAAUAACUAGUAUCUUUUUAUCUAUCUAGAAAGUCAUGCAAAAUUAUAAAAACAAACUUAUCACCAUCUGUUGAAUCCAGUUCAAUGUCAAUUUGUUUGGAAUCAGAUUCUGAGAUUCAGAAAUUUAAUAAUAAUAACUCCAUUGAUAAUGAUAAUAUGAAUAUUAGCCAAAUCGAUAGUGGUCAAGCAAAACAGGAUGAUGUCGACUAUGACGACAAUAUCAACGUACAAGAAUUGGCUGCCUCUGAAGAAGCUAAUAAUACGAUUGAUGUUUACGUAUGUAAUACAAGUAGUACAAGUGAAAUGUUGCAAAUGUUGCCAUCAGGUUCAACUUCAACAGCCGUUACCAUGGAUUCUCUACCAAGUGCAAGUAGACCUUCAAGUUCAACAACUACGUCUAAAACCGCCAAAUCAAAGAAAAAAGCGUCAAAACUGGAUAACUAUAUAGACACCAUUUCUGUUAAAGAAGAAGACAGCAUUACACAAGCAAUAGCAGAAUUUUUUUUUGCCUGCAACAUUCCAUUUAAUGUAAUUGAAUCUAAAUAUUUUGACAACUUAAUAAAAAAAUUGCGUCCUGCCUAUGCAAAAAGAAAACCUGGUAGAAAAACUUUAUCAAGUACUCUAUUGGAUUCUGUAUACAAUAACUUAAUCACAGAAACUAAAUUUGGAAUAGAUCAAGAAACUGUAGUUCUUAUUGAUGGAUGGAAAAACACCUCAAGUAACUCAAAAAUUAUUACAUGUACACUUCAGACAGUUGGAGGUCAAAGAGCAUUCCUCAAUGCUUGGGAUUUAACUGGUGAAGCAGAAACUGCCCAAAAACUGGUUCACAUAAUAAAUGAAGCAAUAGAUUUGGCUAAACGUACAUACCAUUCCCAAAUAUAUGCAAUUAUAUCUGACAAUGCAAGUGCAAUGGUACGAAUGGGGAAAGAUAUGAAUCAUUGUCUCUGGCAUUCAACGUGCAAUAGCCACACCGCCAACCUUCUAGCCAAAGAUGUACAGGAUAAAGAAUGCACCAAUUCUGUUACAACUGUUUUAAAGGAAUUUAAACAAGCGGACAAUGAAAGGGCUAUAACAGAAAAAGGUGGUACCAAAAUUAAACUUCCAUGUGAAACACGAUGGUGUAGCUAUCAAAAAUCAUACAAAUGUCUGUUAGAUAAUUUAAGAAUAAUGAGGGUUAUUGCAGCUGAAACUGAUUCAACUUGUAAAAGAAUUAAAUCAAAAGUAGUAUCAUUACUUUUCGAUGAAGAUUUCAUCGAUAAAGUAAGAAAUCAAUUAUCUUUAUAUGAGCCUAUUUGCCAGCUAAUAAAUAAUUGUCAGUCCCAAGACGCAUCAAUAGCAGAUGCCGUGCACUUUUGGCUUGAAUUAACUUUGCCCGAUAAUUUCAAAGAUAAAUAUUCUGCGGCUUUGGCUGCCAGAAAGAAAAUGGCAUUAAAUGUAUAUGCAUUAACUGCAUAUUAUUUGCAUCCUGUAUAUGAAAACAAAAAACUCAAUUCAGAGCAUCUUAGAGAAAUACAUGCCUUUUUGUUUAAAAUACUUAGCGCCCAAUGUUGGGAUUUUUCCACAAAUCAAAGAGAAAAAUAUAACAAAACCUUUAUUAUUUUGGAGAAUGGCAGAAAUGGAAAACAAGGAGUUACCACAAGUUGCAUUAAAAUUAUUAAAAAUCCCACCGUCUUCGGGCGAAAUCGAAAGGAUUUGGCUGAUGAUGACAUUAAAGAUGUCGAAACCGAUUUGGCUGAUGAUGACAUUAAAGAUGUCGAAACCGGUACCAUGUAA